CAUCUUCUAAAUCUUUCAAAACAUCUAUUCAAAAUGCCUAAAGAAACUUCAAUUCCCAUGAGCAAAGAAGCCUCAUCUAGAAUCCAAUCAGCUGCGGCAAAAAAUCCCAGCAGUGCAACCGCCCAAACUGGAUUCGCUCCAAGAGCACAAUCCGCAGCUGACCGUAACGCUAACACUGCUAGUCGUAGCAACACAAGCAACGGCGGCAAAAAAUAAUGCAAAUUGGAUGUGGUAUUUCGAUUUCGACAUUAUUCUUGAAAAUUCAAGUCUGACAUCGAUACCGCGAUCAUCUAAUUCGUCACUUUGUGUUUAAACUUUGACUAAGAGAG